AUGAGUAGUAUCAGUAUGUUUGAUAUCAAGAGUAAAAUUAAACAAAUCAAAAACACGGUUCUUCAGAUGACCCCACUGGAGAUCAAAGUUAGAGAAUGUACAAGCAACGAUCCAUGGGGAGUCAAGCAAACCGAUAAACUUGAAGUGGCUGAUCACACCUUCAACUAUGAAGACUUCAAGCUCAUCAUGUCUGUCAUUAGAAUCAGAUUGGCCGAUGUUGGUAAAGACUGGAGACACGUUCAAAAGGGCAUUCAACUCAUGGAAUUUUUGGUCAUUCACGGCUCUGAAAGAUGUUUGGAUGAGGCCAGGGAUAUGACAUCACUCAUUCGUCACUUGAAGAACUUUAAAUAUGUUGAUGAUGAAGGAAAGGAUUGGGGAGUUAACGUUAGAGAUGCUGCCAAACACUUUUUGGAAUUCAUCAAAAACGAAGAGGCCAUUAAAGAAGAGAGAGAAAAGGCCAAGGAAGAAAAGAGCAAGUAUGAAGGCUUCUCCAGAACUGAAGCCAAAUACAAGGCUCGCUCCUCAGGAUCCUCCUCGUCAGAGAAGAAGAAGAAACCACAAACCACUAGCUAUGAUGAUGACGACUAUGAAGCUCCAAAGAAAUCCACUUCUCGUUCCAGCAUGGAUGACGACGAGUAUCGUAGAGAUGACGAUGAUGAGAGAAGAAGCUCACCACCUCCAAAAUCUACCUCAACAACAAGUGGAGCAAGACCAAGAAGACCAUCCACAGGAACCGAACCACAAGCAACAGUCGUGAAACAACAACCACAACAACAAAAAGAGGAUACUCUCAUUGAUUUCUUUGACACUCAACCAACUGGCCCAACAAAUACAGGAUUCGGAAACAAUGCAUUCGGAAACAACUCUGGUUUUGGAAACAACAACAACUUUGGUUUUAACAACCAACAACAACAACAACAACAAUUUGCAAACACUGCAAAUACUUCUGGUGGUGGUUUCAAUCCAAGAGGUGGUAACACAAGUGGAGGAUUCAACCCAAGAGGUGGUAACACUGCUCCAUCGUUCGGAGGAAAUCAACAACAAACCAAUGAUUUUGAAGCUAACUUUGAUAGCUCUGGAUUUGAUGAUGCAUUCGGAAAUAGCGACUCUUUCGGCACUGGCUCUACACAAGAAAAGAAGGACUCUACAUUGUUUGAUCUUUCCAGCGGAUUGGUCAAUUUGGAUUUGAAUGAUUCUGGAAAGAAGCAACCUCAACAACAACAACAAAAUAGUCAACCACAAACAACCAAUAUGACUCUCAAGGAGUUGAAGAGAUUGCAAGGAACAACAACUCCACCAAACAAGCCACCAACAAUGAACACGUCAUCAUUCAAUACACCAUCCUUCCCACCAAGCAAUCAACCUUGGGGUAAUACACAACCUCCAAUGGGCGGCUAUGGUCACCCUCCAAUGGGAGGCAACUGGAACAACACUCCACCAAUGGGAGGAGGCGGUUAUCCACCUAGAAAUCAACCACCAUCAGGAAUGGGCUAUCAGCCACCACAAGGAAAUGCACAAUGGAAUAUGAACAACCAACCAAGACCAAACACCAAUACCAAUGCUGGUGGUUUUGACUUCUUCUAA